UUCUGAUCCUGCAGCUACCACAUGGAAGUGGAGACUGAGGAUGAAGGCGACGACAGGCCCGACGACAGUCCCGAUGGCAGCGGCACCAGACUACGCUACACGCACAGGCUCGCCAGAGGGACGUGCUCCGAGCUCAACUAUGGUCUGAAGCUGGCUGAGGUGUCCCACAUUCCUGCUGACGUCCUGACAAGGGCCUAUGAAGUGUCCAACCAAAUUUCAGAUGGACUCUUUGAGAACGAAAAUAGUCCACUCUUCCACGAUGAUGUGGAGAGGAAGCUUCGCAGAGCCGAGAUCGAACUGGCCGGUACGCUGCGAGUCAUCGCGCUGCACUCAAAGAUGGAAGGCGAAGAGCUGAGACUUCGACUGCUCGAGGAACAGGAGAAGGCCCGGGGUCUGAUGGACGUGCGUCGGUCCCUCGCCGAAAUGGACCAAGAAUGACUUCGUACUUUUAAAUGUCAUCCAUAUCUACUUCAACUGUUACGUAGCUGCCCCAAUAAAACUUGUGGUAUGC